AAAAAGUCUAAGGCAGAACAAGGCAUAACACACAGCUUUCCGGCGGUAGCUUGCGAGGAGUCACGUGGCAUGAAGCAAUAAGCAGCUAAAUUCAAGCGGUGAAGAAGCCGUCUGCGUUGCGAGCCGACCACGUGACUCACGUGACUGCUAGCCGCCAAUCAGAAAGCUUAACCCGGCGUCGUGCUAAGCCAGGACUUUAUCGCUCUCGCCGCUAGGUGUGCCACCUUGUUCUUGUCUAAGGCUCUCAAGUCUCACCACUUAUAAAUCGAAUUUGCUGGAUUUUCACAAGCCAAUAGCCAAGCCAACGAUCAAACAGUUUUGGUUGAUGACCACUUGACGCUUAAGACAAAAGGGCUUCACAAUCCAUAUUUAUCUGUGCGACAUUUUCAAACACAAGCAAGUAAAUGCAUUAUGGGUGAUACACAGGUGAAGCGUCGACCUUGCCCCAUAAGUUUGGAUCAUCUUACAAAAAAGGACGAUUAUAUUAAGCCAUGUUUUGUGGACAAAGCGGAGAUUGAAACGGAAAGAAUGGCAAAUCUACCAGCAGACAACAGACAAGAACCCGAGAAAGCUUUCAAUUUAAUGGAGCCAAAUUCCUUUAACCAAGUCCCUGUAGAUACGGUGCUAAAUUUGAAACUCUACAUUGCGAUGCACAGGCUUUUCACCUUUCCGUCGUGGUUUUUCAAGGAGUACGGAAUGGAGGUCCUACAUUUGGCCGAAGCUGGAUUUUACUUCUGCCAAAGUGGGAUUUGUUGCUACUUUUGCAAGUGGCAAGUGUGGAUCAAGGAUCUAAAAAAAACAUUCGGAGAUAAAAAAACAGCCAGUCAAAUUCUUGAUAUUAAACGCAAAAGAAGAUGCGGAUGUCCUAUACUCAAGGAUUCAAAUAAUGUGCCCCUUGGAAAUAUUUCUAGCGUUUUAAAUUACAAAUUUGAAGCGCAUCGUUUGUAUUCCCUGAUGAAGAAAACAAAUUGGAAAUUUGUGAUGCCCGUCGAUUUGGCCAAAUCAGGAUUUUAUUAUACUGGUGUGGACGACAACUGCCGCUGCAUCUACUGCAAUUUGGAAGUGCGCGGAUGGGAGUUGGGAGACAAACCAGAAUCAGAGCACAAGCGGUGGAACCCAAACUGUCCGUUGCUGAAAAGCCCCGGUGGUGUCGUCAACAUCAAAAUUGGUGAAGAACAAACUGAAGCAUACAGUGACGGAGUUGGUCUAAAAAAAAUUGGAGCGAACCCCUUCAGUGUUCGGGGCGGUCUGCCAGAUAAAUACGGAAAAAACAUUCAUUUGAAAGCUCAAAACCCGUUGAUAACACCUUCAGAUCUUCGAAUUCACGACUGGUCAUUGCCAAGACAUAUUCGAUACAGUUUGUCCUCGAAUCGACUGGACUCUUAUAAAAACUGGCCCAAAUCACUUUCCCAAACCCCAGAAGUUCUCUCUCAAUCUGGAUUCUUUUACACUGACUCCGGCGACCGUGUGAUUUGUUUCCACUGCAACCUCGGGCUUAAGGACUGGGCUACGGGCGACCACCCUUUUUCCGAGCACGCCAAAUGGAACUCCGGCUGCCAGUUCUUGAUCAUGCAAGUGGGCUCGUCAUUCAUCGAACGUACCUUGCACACCAACAUCACAAACCAAGUUAACGAAAUGGAAUUGGCAAGGGCCCCCUCUAACCUGCAGUGUCUGAAAUGUCAACAAAGACAUCUAUCCAAAGUUUGCUUGCCUUGCGGACAUGCUAAUUUUUGUGGCUCAUGCUCUGCUGAGAAAUGCCAAGUUUGCGAUCUGGAAAUUCUGGCAGAAGUUUCAAUCUUUUUUUGAACUUUGUAUGUGCUUGGCUUGGAGCCUGUAAUGCAAACCUGCUUUUGCUAUCAUUUUUUUUUUGCAAUGAGCUCUGUGUCUGCCGAAAACAACUAAGUGCCGAUAGGCAGAAAAUUGAACGUGACUUAAAAAAAUAAUUUGUAGCAACGCGCUUGGCAUUUGCGCAAUAACUGUUGUAUAAUAUUAACAAAUUUAAUUAGAUUGUUGUAGUUUGAUAUUUUGGGUUUUACAAUUAAGUUAUUUCAUUGGGUGUAUAAAUGGUAAAUAAAAAUAAUUUGUGCCCAAGAAAAAAGCUUGUUAUUAUUUUAUAAUCUAAACAUAAAAAAAUAUUAGUUGCUAUAUAAUAAGAAACGUGAGCUGUCAGGGCUGAGCGUUUUAGUCGAUCAACUAUUUUUUUCUGAUCUUCGCAGGAUUUUAGGGUUAUGAAAUGAGCACGAAUCAUGCAAUUUCGAGUCGAAUAAGCUAGGGUCAAAAUCGACUAAAUGGACAAAUAUCGACUAAAAUGACUGAAAAGUAACAAUUUUUUUUUUAAAUUUGAGCUCCGAGCGAAAAAAAAAUGGUUUUUGGCAACCAUCUAAAAAUCUCAGACAGAUCAUUUAGAUCAUUUGUAGCUAUAUUUUUUGAUAAAUUUUUUUCUACCUCUCACCCCUGGAGGCUGGAACCCUGGCACACCCUUGCGACGAAGUCGUGACAGAAAAAAAAUGUUUUUUAGCAACCAUCUAAAAAUUUCGGACAGACCAUUUGGAUCAUUUCUAG